AAUACUUCCAUAACCAUGCUAUAGCCAGCAUUCAGCUACACAUUACUACCUAAACACACCAUUUUUUUCUUCUGAAUUUAGGGUUUUGAACUCUAUAUUUAUAGUUUGUUAUUGAGAUGGAGAUGAAGAAAUGGUUAUGGGUGGUAAUUUUGGUGUUGCAUGGAGAACUAAUUGCAGCUCAACAGGCUCCUUGUUACUUCGUAUUCGGGGACUCGUUGGUCGAUAAUGGCAAUAAUAAUCAACUUCAGUCUUUGGCUCGAGCUGAUUACAUGCCUUACGGUAUCGACUUCCCCGGCGGUCCUACCGGACGCUUUUCCAACGGCAAAACCACCGUUGAUGAGAUUGCUCUGCAGUUAGGAUUGAACUUCAUUCCUCCCUACGCAACCGCAAGGGGUCGACAAAUACUCCGAGGAGUGAAUUACGCCUCCGCGGCUGCCGGAAUUAGAGAGGAGACCGGACAACAAUUGGGAGGUCGAAUAAGUUUCAGUGGUCAAGUAAAAAAUUACCAAAAUACAGUUUCUCAAGUUGUGAACUUACUUGGGGAUGAAGACACAGCAGCUAAUUACUUGAAACAAUGCAUAUAUUCAAUUGGAUUAGGCAGUAAUGAUUAUCUUAAUAAUUAUUUCAUGACUCAAUUCUACUCAUCUAGUAGGCAGUAUACACCUGUCCAGUGGGCCGAUGUUCUCAUCAAACAGUACACCGAGCAGCUAACGAAUUUGUACAACUAUGGUGCAAGAAAAUUCGUGUUGAUCGGAGUAGGGCAAAUUGGGUGCAGCCCAAGUGAAUUGGCUCAAAACAGUCCAGAUGGAAGAACUUGUGUUCAACGAAUUAACUCAGCCAAUCAAAUAUUUAACAGCCGACUCAGAUCACUCGUUGCUCAAUUCAAUGGCAACACACCUGAUGCUAGAUUUAUUUAUAUUAAUGCUUAUGGCAUUUUUCAAGAUCUUAUUACCACUCCUGCUAGAUAUGGUUUUACAGUUACAAAUGCUGGAUGCUGUGGUGUAGGAAGAAACAAUGGUCAAAUUACAUGUCUGCCCUUCCAAACUCCAUGCCCUAAUAGAAGACAAUAUUUGUUUUGGGAUGCAUUUCACCCUACUGAGGCAGCAAAUGUGAUCAUUGGAAGAAGAUCUUACAGUGCUCAAUCUGCUUCUGAUGUUUACCCCUACGAUAUCCGCCGGCUCGCCCAAAUCCGCCUUUAUUCAUUUGCUGCUAAUGGAAAUGAUAAUGGCCUUGAUACUUUUAAAGCUAAUUACACACCUUAUGGAAUUGAUUUCCCCGGCGGUUCAACGGGACGGUUCACCAACGGCAAAACCAUUGUCGAUUUCAUCGGUCAAAAAAUUGGAUUUAAGAAUUAUAUUCCAGCUUUCAAGAAAGUCGGGAAUGGCCCAGAAAUACUCAAAGGUGUAAAUUAUGCAUCUGGUGAAGCAAUCAUACAAUCCGGCAUUGCUGGAAGUGAGGUGACUGCAAUUAGUCUGCAACAUCAAGUACGAAACCAUCAAAAAAUGGUCCGACGCAUUAACAAUAUAUUCCGCAAUGAAAACAAGACCAGAAAUUACCUGACAAAAUGCUUAUAUACCGUUGGAAUUGGCAGUAACGAUUAUCUGUUAGAAUACUACACUCCACAAAUUAACGGAAAGGAGCCGAUCCGAAAAGUACCAUCGGAGACAUAUGCAAAGAACCUCGUCGACGAUCACUUGUCCAAUCGCUUGACUGCAUUGUACAAAGCUGGAGCAAGAAAAGUGGCGUUGUUUGGUCUGGCGCCAUUAGGGUGCAGCCCAGGUGCAAUAAGAAUGUACGGCAAUAAACCAAAUUGCAUUUCGAUGAUCAACACAGAUGUUCAAAUUUUCAAUAGCAAGUUGGCAGAAAUAGUUAAUAAAUUUAACAAAAACUAUAAGAAAGCACAGUUUACAUACAUCAACAUUUAUGACAUCACAUCUGCUAGUGCUUUUCCAGGAUUCAAGAAGAAGGACGUCCCGUGCUGUGAUACAGACUACGAUGGGAUGUGCUUCCCAAAGGCAACAAGAUGCAAAACUCCUCAAGAUUACUUCUUUUGGGAUGGGUAUCGCCCAACUGAGGCUGCUAACAAAGUUCUGACGAUGUAUGAGAAAAAAUUACAGUGGGUGGUUCUAUUUGUGCUGGUAAUUUUAUCAGAUAAAUUAGUUAGGGUAAAUGCAAGACCAGAAGUGCCUUGUUUUUUCAUUUUUGGUGAUUCUUUAGCAGAUAAUGGCAACAAUAACAAUCUUAGAACCCUAGCCAAAGCUAAUUACCCUCCUUACGGCGUUGAUUAUCCCGACGGUCCUACCGGAAGAUUUACUAACGGUAGAAACACCGUUGAUUUUCUAGCUGAACUUCUUGGUUUUAAUCAUCACAUUCCAUCGUUUGCAAGUGCUAGUGGCAAGAUCACACUCCAGGGUGUGAAUUAUGCAUCAGGAUCAUCAGGAAUUCGGGACGAAACCGGACGACAUUUGGGUCAGAAUGUGAACAUGAACCAGCAAAUUAGGAACCAUGUGAUUACAGUACAACGGUUGAAUAGCAUGCUAGGGCAUAACGGCACGGCAAUGAGGCAGUUACGCCGGUGCUUAUACGGCGUCGGAACGGGCAGUAAUGAUUAUCUUAACAAUUAUUUCACACCUCAACACUACCAAACAGGCGAUACUUAUACUCAAAAUCAAUAUGCCUCAGCUCUCGUCAGCCAAUACUCUACACAAUUAACGACAUUGUACAAAGUUGGAGCAAGAAAAUUUGCGUUGGUCGGACUGGGAAAUAUCGGAUGCAUUCCGCGUUCGGUCGCAAAGUUCCGAACCAGCGGGUCGAUUUGUGCAGAUAAAAUGAACAAAGCAAUUAGUCUUUUCAACCAGAAGCUUAUAAAUCUUGUUCGAAAUUUUAAUCAUCUUUUACCCGAUGCCAAAUUCAUUUAUGUCAAUACUUCUAGUUUGGGAGAAGGUGAUCCAUCUCAAUUAGGGUUCAAGAAUUUCAUGUCAGGAUGUUGUGAAGCAAGAGAAGAUGGACAAUGCAUUGAAAACAAAAGACCUUGUCCUAACAGAAAAGCUUAUACAUUUUGGGAUUCAUUUCAUCCUACUGAAGCUUCUAACGCUUUAGUUGCUGCCAGAAUUUACCAAUCUUUUUCCCAUUCUGAUAAUUAUCCUUUUGAUCUCCACACUUUAGCUUCUCUUAAUCUCCGACUUAAGUCUAAAAAAUCCGUUAGAUCCGUUAGAUCGGGUAGGAAAAAUACUAAUUAAAAUUCCCAAGAGUAUAUAUUUUUCAAGGGUUCUAGUUGUAGAUAUCAGAGUUUCGCAUUAACAAUAAAAUUUAUUCAUAUUUUCAUACGGAUCAUUGGUUAAAUAUAUGUAUGAUUCCAUCUUUGUAAGUGAAAAUAAAUAGAAAUUAGGCAUUCAUUUAUAUUUUUGGAUUUUAGUUAAGACUUGAGAGGAUUGUAAAU